UCACGUGGGAUGGGACUAUUCCAGCAGUUCAGUGCGGCUUGGACCGCGUUGUGUGCAGACGUGUGUAGUGUGAGCGCCGCAGCUCUGAUAGGCCUCAUGUGGGACCGCCGGGUAUAGGGGACAAUAGGGAAGAAUUAUGAGAGAAACGUCCAUGGCCAUUCUAGUUAGUAAUGAGAGGGCUCCAGGCCUGGGGAAAGGUGGCAGUGCUCACGGUGGUGCCCUCUGUAUGUGAACAAGACUAAGGAAAAACGCAUUAUGGGCAAAUAACUGUGAAACAUACUUGUUAUCCAUAAAAAAAUAUGUUUUGAAACGUAAUAUGAAAAUAUAGUAACCAAUAAUAUAGCAGCAAAAAAUAAUAUCGUGGGAGUCCUACCAAAAAGCCAAAACUUUAUACAGAAGUGUAUGAGAUACCCUCUGACCUCAGUAGAGAGCAAUGAGUUGUAUCAAACAAGAAGAUUUCAUUGAACUUCGCUUUGGAACCUUCCGGGACAAAUGUUAGACAAAAAAUGAAUGCCUGUAACUGAAGUACAAGGAAUCGCCUCAUAGCUCGUCAAUUUACUUUUCCGACCACCUCUGGUAUGUCUACGACCGCAGGAAGGGGUCUAGAGAUCCGAAACAAGCCAAAGAGGGAACGUUAAGCAUUUUGUGUAACGCCCACUGACUGUAAUGAUAGUUGCACAAAUGGUGAAGCCCCUCAAGACCUAGUAAAGGAUAUGAAAAAAGGGAUGAAAGCACAGAGGAAUUAAAUCUUGGACCAGACCCUGAGGAGGAGAGUAUAUGUCGGAUGGUUCUGCUGCUGCACUUGAGCAUUCCCUUAAAUGAAAAUGUUUCCUGCUCAUUUUACUUUCAGAUUUGACUUCCUACUAAGGAGGGUCCAGCGGUUGAAAUGGCAAGAAGCGGAGCAAAAGAAUUUCUGGAUCCAUCCUAUCACAUCAAUCCGACCGACCCAUGGAGUGUAUGCCACACUCUUUGAAGAACUGCACCAUCAUCCAGAGAAAUUCUUCAGUUUUCUCCUCCUUUCUUUGGCCAGUUUCAGUGAGCUCCUCCAGCAUUUGUCAGGAUAUGUCGCUGAAGAUUUUCGCCAGAGGAGCGCCUUAUAGUCACCCUACGGUUUUUGGCUCCUGGAGAAAGCUUCGCUUCCCUACAAUUCCAGUUCCACUUGGGGAAGUCCACCAUUUCGUAGAUAGUGCGGGACACCUGCAAAGCUUUAUGGGACUGCCUCCAGGAGCUUUAUGGGACUGCCUCCCGCAGCCUUCACCUCAAGACCGGAUCCAUAUUGCAGACAGCUUCUGGGAACCUGCUCAGUUUCCAAACUGCGUUGGAGCCGUGGACGGAAAGCACAUCCAAAAGCCAUCUAACAUUGGCUCAGAAUAUUACAACCAUGAAAAAUUAUUUUCAAUCAUCCUGAUUGAUAGCGGACGUCAACUAAAAGUUUGUUGCAGUGGACAUUGGCUCCUUUGGCCGCACAAACGACUCCAGGGUCUUCAAGAACUCUGCAAUGGGGAGAUCGCUGAAGCAAGGCCCUUUCUUGGAACAGACAGACCUGUGAUGCCCUUUGUUGUUGGGGUGAUGAGGCUUUCCAGAUGUGUGGCAACUUGCUGAAGCCAUAUGCAAACUGUGGCCUGAACUUUCGGCAGAGGAUUUUCAACUAUAGACUGACACGCGCAAGACGUUUUUGUUGUUGCCUUUGACAUUGGUUUUGUGAUGUGUCUUUCAAUCUCUUCAUAAUUUCAGUUAACCAAGGAGCCCCUCCUCAUAGAGUAUCACGACCUGGAGUCAUCGCUGCCUGGACUGCAAGACACUCCACGGAGAACAACUGCAGCAGUCAUGCAGAUGAGAGACUAGUUUGCAGAAUUUUUCGCAAUGAGUUCAUUCAUGGCAUUUGUGCAAAUUUUUCGGAACCAAAAUUGUUUCUCAAUCAAUAGCUGCUCCAUCAGAGCGACCAAUGAAUCAAGAAACAGACGACUGGGUGAAGGGGGACCUGUUAAUGACACUGCCCCCUCCUGCCGUGCAACAAGUCGGGUGACUUCAUCCUUCAACCCUGUCAUCUGUUGGUCUCAUCUUAUCAGAGCGUCUUGCAACACCUUGAUAAGAUCUUCAUGGGCGCUCUGACGUCUCCUACUAGAUCUUCCCUGUUGGACCACUGACCCACAGGUCCAGCAGAGGGAGAUGGUAGUAGGGGAGCAUUGUCCGAUUGAGAACCAAUUUCUCCCCGGUCUCAGUGGCCAACUCACCUGAUGUCUGCGGUGGUAUGUUUUGACGCCGUUCUGGAAAAAAACAAAAAAAACAAAAA